AUGGCAAUAGACAAAGCGACAACGAACAGGCCAUCAUCACGAGGGCAACCAGUUGAAAUCCUUCCCAAGCUUUGGCUUGGUUCCUUGGCGUCCUUGAAGCACCUGUCCAAUCAGGAGAGCAGUUCAUGGACUGUGAUAUCCGUCCUUGGUAGUGACAAACUCGUGUCAAUGACCAACUUCAUGUUGCAAGACGCCAAGCACACCAAGCGAUGCCGUCGUCAUAUUGUCUGGGAACUUGAAGAUAAGAACAAUUCUAUUUUCUUCUCCGGUGAGCUAGUGGGCAUAUUGCGUGUCAUAGACGAAGCGCUGCAGCAACAAAAUUGCGACAAAAUUCUAGUCCACUGUGCCAUGGGAGUCAGUCGAUCAGUGACAAUUUGUGCUGCAUGGAUCAUGACGAGACAAAGACGGUCAUUACAGGAAACCAUGGAGAUUAUCAGGGCUGUGCGCCCUGAAGCAAUGCCGAAUAUGGGAUUCACAGCGUCACUGCGAGCAUUGGAGGCAAGCGAUUUUGAUAUUAAAAAGGCACGAAAGCGGCUUGGUCAGGAUGAAGGAAGUACUGGCGAUCUAUGA